CUCCAUUCCUCCUCCGCAGCAUCAUGGUGGACCAAGCGACGACUUGGGUCGAAGGUGACUUUCUCAAUUUCUCCCGCGAGCGCUGAUGUGGAGAUGGGUCGAUUCACGCCGAAGUGGCUUGCGGUCUGGCUGCUUCUCCAGGCAGUGUCGUUUUCGUCCGAGGCACAGGAGAUCAGCAUCGCAGACAUCGGGAGCUACAGCCGCUGUCCCAUGAGCGUCUUCAGCACCGGCAGAGCGCCGCCAUUUUGUGACACUACUAGCACAACCACCACCAGUUCGACCACAUUCAGCUCAAGCACUACGGUGUCUUCCACCACUCAGACCACAAGUUCAUCCACCACGACAGUGACAACAUCUUCGAGUUCCACAGAAACCACGAAGACCACAAGCUCCACUUCCUCAGCAUCCUCGUCUACCACGAUGACUGCUUCUCUGACGGUCACCAGCCGUACGCACACGACGACGAGCCGGUCGUCAACGUCCACGCUGUCAACAACCCAUACAUCUCUGACAAGCACCAGGAGUUCAACCACAACUGCCACGACUACGUCCACAACGCGCUCGAGCACGCUUUCAACGACACUGACCUCUGUCACAUCGACCUCUAGCAGUAUUACAUCAUCAUCGUCCACACUAACCACACGCACCACGACAACGACGUUGACAAACACCACCACCACGUCGACAACAUACCUGGGCACGACAGGGACAACCACGACCUUAACUGAAAGCACCACUUCAGUCAGCAGUACAACCCAGACCGCAACAACAAGUACUGCUACAUCACUGACAACCUCAGGGACCUCCACCUCGCGAACCUCCACCUCCAUCACCACUAUGACGCUGAGCUCAUCGACCACCACUUCAUCCACAACUCUGACAACCAGUACCAUCACCCGCACGGGCACCACUGUGACAGGCACCGGGACAAGCUCCACCGUCUCCAGCACCAGUUCAACCAGUAUCACUACCAGCCAGACCACCACCACAGUAUUGCCACAGCCUUGUGGAAAUGCUUGCCCGCUCUAUGCAAUCUCUGGGUGCUUAAACAUGAUGCCAGGAGAGGUGUGUGUUCCAGAUAUCUUGGUAGAUCCUUGCGUGGAAUACACCACCACGUUCUCUUUGAGCUGCCCGCAAGACAAUGUUGAUUUGUCCUACGUCCCGGACAUUGUGGAGCCCUUCCCCACCACCCGCUGCCGAGUUUGCGGGGUGGGGCGGAUCGAGAAGGACGAGGACGAGCGCGAAGGGUACUUCCUUGCUGAUCUUUACUUUGGCCAGAACUCUGUUGAGACAGUGAUCAACGAGGAUCCUAUCACAGAGUACAGGGUUUACAUCGUCGACAGCCUCCGUCGUCGGCUGAUGCCACAGCCUGUCGCCACAGUGCCCAAGCGUCCAGAGGAGGAGGCCUCCUGCUGCCGAGUAGAUGCAUAUCGCGCGCAUAUCUCGACGAUGCUGCCAGCCGGUUCGGAGAGGUUCAUGGUGGUGCCGGUCACUCGCUAUGGGCACGAGCUGUCCGCGGGUGUAACGAGUGAUGUGAUUGAGGACAUUGCGGCCGAGGGACCUCACUUCUUGGGUAUUAUGCCGGCUACCAACUUCAGCUUUCUUGUCCACACUGCAGUGGACGUGCAGCUUGGUGACGGAACACUGGCGAUGAGCUCGCGCAUGGGACACGAGGAGCGGAUGCCGUGCCGGGAGCUGCGCCUGCUCCGACCCGGUGUGAUUGUCGUGCCUUGGACUUCAGCCGCGUGGGGCGAGCACGUUCAGGCUUUGACCAAUGUGCUGGCUUGUUGGACUGCUCUGUUGGCACGCGACACGGCAGAGAUCAGCAUAAGGAAGCUUGAUCAGUAUGUCUACUUCCAGCAUGCAGAAGCCAUGAGCCUCUUGCGCAGCGCCACCAGGCCAGCAGACAUUAGCUCCUGCUUUGCUGCGUUCGUUUCUCUCCAGGAUCGCCCAGGAACUGCCAUGCGAGCAGAGGCCCCAAUGUCAUUGGUUGCUCCACGCAGCUUCGUCACCCGCUCGCUGCCGCGUCUCGGGCACAACUUGGAGGACCACUUUGACUUCGCGGAGUACAUGUGGCCUGAUGCAAGCCAGAGAAUGACUUCCUUCCGCUUUGGUCAAGUGCAUCCGAGGACAAUCGAGCUCUUCGUCACGGGGAGAAUCUGCCUCUUCGGAGAGCACAGCGACUGGGCUGGAGGCUACCGCCGCUUCAACUCAGAGGUCGUGCCCGGCUGUGCCCUGGUUUGCGGAACGGACCAAGGGCUCUACGCGCGAGCCCGCCGUCUGCUCGGCGAGGGCAGUCGGCGGCUGCUUUACCGCUCUUCUGAUGGGAAUAGCAUCCAGCUUGACUUAGACGACGAGACCGGGCUGCGUGAAACAGCGCAAUCCCCGUCGACGUUUGCUUACAUAGCAGGUUGUGUCUUGGAACUUGGCAAGCAUUUCCGCGUCGGUGGUGCGGAGAUCGUGAAUUACAAGUCAGACCUUCCAAUCAAGAAGGGUCUUUCGUCAUCUGCUGCCGUUUGCGUUCUGACCGUCAGAGCCCUCAACCAGCUCUACGACUUGAAGCUGACGACACACGGAGAGAUGGACAUCGCUUACCGUGGUGAGAUCAACACUCCCUCGCGCUGUGGCCGCCUGGAUCAAUGCGUGGCCUUCGGACGCAGAGUGACAAAGAUGAUCUUCGAUUCCGACUUGCUUUCAACAGAGUCGGUACGGGCUGCUGCCACUAUCUACAUGGUCGUGGUUGACCUUUGUGCAAAGAAGGAUACCAAAGAGAUCCUGAAAUGCCUAAACGAGGCAUACCCCUUUCCUCGGGGCGACUCGGAUCGUGCGUUGCAUGCACUUCUUGGGGAGGUGAACCAACGUGUCUGUCAGGACGCGCAGCAGAUCCUCGCCGAGGAGAAGGAUGGCCGUGUGGCAGCAGAAAAACUCGGCGAGGCCAUGACAGAGGCGCAGCGGAGGUGGGAUGAGAUCGCUGUCCCUCUCUGCCCGCACGAGCUGACGGCGCCUGCGUUGCAUCGGCUGCUAACAUACCCGGAGCUGAAGAAGUACAUCACCGGAGGUAAGGGAGUGGGCUCCCAGGGCGAUGGCUCUGCACAGCUUGUAUGCCGGUCGAAGGCUGACCAGGAGGAGGUGGUGAGGAUUGUAAAGUCCUUGGGCAUGGAGCCCCUGGAGCUCACCAUCCCCGAGCAGAAGGCAGUUCGCACAGCGAUUGUUCCAAUCGCAGGUGCCUGCCCUGGCAUCUGGCCCGCUACGAAGUGCGUCGGGCCGUGGCUUUUUCCAGUUCGCAGCCGGGGGCUGGUGAAACCAGCCAUCGCAUGGCUUUGCGAAGAGAUGUCUGCUGCCGGCAUUGAAAAGAUCCUGCUGGUGGUAAACCACACAACCGAAGUGGAGAUGACAAAGCUCUUCAAGCAGCGCGAGGAGGUGUCUGUGCUGAACGGAGUGGGGAUGCAGAUGGAGGACUACGACGAGGUGCUCCUGGCCAUAGGCAAAAAGAUUUCGUUCGUGCGCCAGGAGAAGCCCUCCAGCAUUCGUGACGCGCUGCUCCUUUGCGAGCGCGAGGUCGCCGGCGAGCCCUUCCUCCUUGCCUGGGGUGACCAUUUCAGUCGGUCGACAUCGUCCGAUCAUCGCAGCGUGGUUGCGCAGCUCUUGGAGGCCUUCAAUGGGCGGCCUCUAGCUGCCAUGCACUGCGUGGACAAGGACUCGCUCCAUCAGACCGGCGUUUACACAUGCAAGGAGCCCCCAUCGCCGCUGCCCCCGCCGCUUGGUCCAAAGACGCCUGGGCCGGUGAAGGCGCUGUGGCCGUUGGCUCGUUUAGCUGAGAAGCCCACCAGGGAGUUUGCCGAGGAGCGCUUGGUGACCUCAGUCCUGCCAGAGGGGCUCUUCCUCGCUUCCUUCGGUCAGUACGUGCUGACGCCCAGCGUCUUCCGAGCUCUGCGCUCCUCCAAGGCCGGUCACUUCACGGAGGCCUUGGACCAACUCCGCCAGUCCGAAGGCGUCUUUGGGGUCCUCAUCGAGGGGAUGCGCUGGGAUCUAGGCACUAUGCAAACUUAUGUCCAGUGCUUGCAGGCACAAGCGCAAGAUGACGCAGAACCUCCCGCGAAGCGAAGCCGAGCCAUUUCUCCCGUCCACGGCCUACGUUUACGAACGGAAGAUCCAGAGAAUGCCACCGAUGACGUAUCCGGGCCGCGCCUCGUGGAUGCGACCUCCACCAAUCCGCUCAGUGGGGCUUUGACGAUGAUGACGGAGUUCCGUUUCCUCUUCGAUGAGGUGGCCCUUCGUGGCCCAGGACCACUUUCCGUGGUGCGUCUGGCGGACCAAGAGCGAGGUCCCGCCGCAGUAGUGGAUAUGAUGCCUGAGAUCGUGCAGCACCCGUACCUGCCCGGAAUGGUAAUCGUGCGUCCCAGCAUCGGCCUGGAAAUGGGUGCCAGCUACGAGCUGGUCUUCGGCCCCGGAGCACUCCAGGACCGUCGCGGAAACUUGGCACACAGCUCCAAGGAGUACGAGGCACCAGGAGAGUGGGAGCACCGGGUCUCCUGUUUCCGGGGACGCUGUCCGGAUGGGCCAAUCUUCGGGCUGGACGACUUCACUGUGCGAGUGCCAGCACAAGGAGGAGUCCAGGACCCGCGGCCUCCGGAGCUGACCUGGGCCCUCUACCCCGCUCCGGAGCAGGCAAUCUUCAGGCACGAGAACCUCGUCCUCCAAUUCAGCUCGGUGGUCAGCCCGCAUCCCAUGGGCAGCGUCAUGGAGCUUUGCUGGAACUGGACUGUUCAUGAUGUUUGUCCACUGAAGCAGACAUUCCAACACAAGGAUAUGCUCUUCGUCGGAGACAAGGUGAUCAUCAAUCCACCGGAGGAUCUUGUGCCCGGAUUCUCAUACAAUGUGUCCAUCCAGAGUGGCGUGAUUUCCAACUUCGAAGGGCUGCGAGCAACAGCUGCCGGCCAGUUCCAGUACACUUUCUCUGUCCUUGCAGAAGACGUCUUCGACCGCUCGCCUCCCGAGCUCGUGGCCGUGGAGGUGGAUUGCUCCAACAUUUCUGUACCUGGAGAGCCCGAAGACUGGCCAGGCUGUGCUGUGUGGUAUCGGUUGCAACAGCAGAUCGUCGGGGAGGCCGAAAAGUGGGGGCUGGCCGAUAAUGCUCCGCCCCCCGCGAUGCCCGCCGGCGCCCGCUUCCGCUUCUACUUCCGGGAGCCGGUGCAGAUCCUUGGACGAAACGCAGCGGUGCUGGCAGCCGAGCCACUGGAGAAGGAGCCGCUGUCACCGGAGCAGGUUCCAGCCAUGGUCGGGACUGCUGAGGAGGACGGAGUGCUGGUUGUCGUACCAGAACUGCUCCCCGGUGAGCUCUAUACCCUCCAAGUGGGCUCCGGGCUCGCCGAUCUAGCCACGUGGCCGGAGCCACAUCGUUUUGCAGGGGCUGCAUUGAAGUUCUUCACUCGGCUGCCGCCACCGAAGGCUACCAUCGCCUCCAACGAAGGCUUCAAGGAGGCCGCUGCCAGCACUUCCGUGAUGCUGCAGUUCGAAGGUGUGUCGGUGCUUGCCGAUCCCAACAGCGACUUGGAGGCCGAGCUUCGACAGAUCAACCCUGCCUCGGAAAACCCCGACGAGCAGCAUCUGAAAGUCGCUGAUCCUUCGCGGGUCUUCUUUCUCGGGACCCAGAUCAUGCUGCUACCUCUGCGGCCUUUACAUCCUGGAACAUCGUACAACUUUACUCUUCCAGCCGGGGUCGUGCGCCAUUUUGACCAGCCUUUCUCGUUCGUGUUCACGACCCGCCCAGAGGAUCAUGUUGCCCCAA